AUGGCUGCUAUGCGGGCGCGGCAAAAGAUUCGGGCCCCUCGUCGGGGCCUGAAUGCAGCCCAGAAUGAUAACUACGACUCUCUUUGGGGCAUUCUCUCCUCUUCGUUGUCUGAAAUCCAUACGAAGAAUGCCUCGACCCUCUCUUUCGAAGAAUUGUAUCGCAACGCAUAUAGGAUAGUGUUGAUGACGCGGGGGCCGGAACUCUACGAAAAUGUGAAGCGACAGGAGGAAAACUGGUUACGAGGCACUGUUCAAAAGCGUAUCACGGAUUCGAUUUCAUCGACCCUUGUUCGUGCUCAAGCCGCAACAGAGAUUCAGGACCAGUCGGAGGAAAGGCGAGCUGCGGGGGAGAAGUUCCUGUCUGCUUUCAAGGAAGCCUGGGAAGACCACCAGCUUUGCAUGAGCAUGAUAACUGACGUUCUCAUGUAUAUGGACCGCAUUGUUUCUCAGGACAAAUCCAAGCCCUCGAUUUACGUUGUCGCAAUGGCCCUGUUUCGCGACUAUGUUCUUCGAGCCCCCAUCCGGGCCGAUUCCCCGACAAGCGUCGCCGAUAUUCUCGAAUCAACGAUUCUCUUCAUGAUCUCUUUAGAGCGAGCGGGUCACAUGAUUGAAAGGCCUCUAAUCAGACAUUGCAUCUCCAUGCUGGAGGGUCUCUAUGAGUCAGAUGCGGAGGAAGGCGAGAAGCUCUAUAUUUCCACAUUUGAACCGGCUUUCCUCAAAACGAGUAAAGAGUUCUACCAGGCAGAGGGACGGCGAUUGCUGGAAAUUGGAGAUGCAACGACCUUCUGCCGGAUUUCCUCCCAACGCAUCGGUGAGGAGCAGGAGCGUUGUUUGUCUACACUUGCUAUGAUGACCGAGCCGAAAAUCCUUGAAGUUCUUGAUAACGAGCUGAUCCGGAAGAAUAUUGACGAGGUCGUCAAACUGGAAGGAACGGGUGUGAAGCAUAUGCUGGACCAUAACCUGCUCGAGGGCUUGCGGAACGUGUACCAACUUAACGCCCGAGUUGACCCGAAGAAGGAAUCUCUCGCCCGGGCUGUCAACAAGCAGAUUGUAGAGCUCGGAAAACAAAUCAACGCCUCGUCUGUCGUGAUCCCGCAGCCAGCCACAGCCACAACCACAGCCACCAAGGAAGCAAAGGAGUCUGGCAUGGAGAAAAAGGAAAAGGGCAAGGAGAAGCCUGUCAAUCAGCAGACUGUAUUGGCGAUUCAAUGGGUUGAUGACAUUCUGGCCCUGAAACGCCAGUUUGAUAUUGUGUGGGAACAAUCCUUUUUGUCUGAUCAAGGGCUUCAGAGCUCGAUCAUGGGAAGUUUCUCUGACUUUAUCAACUUGAAUCCCAGAAGCUCCGAGUAUCUUUCAUUGUUCUUCGACGAGAAUUUGAAAAAGGGCAUCAAGGGCAAGACUGAAAGCGAAGUUGACGCCUUACUGGACAACGGCAUCACAUUGCUCCGGUAUAUCAAAGAUAAAGAUCUCUUCGAAACCUAUUACAAGAAGCAUCUGUCACGCCGUCUGCUGAUGAAACGAUCCGCCAGCACGGAUGCAGAGCGCCAGAUGAUUUCCAAAAUGAAGAUGGAGGUCGGAAACCAAUUCACGGCCCGCAUCGAGGCCAUGUUCAAGGAUAUGACUGUCUCUGAAGACCUGACUGCUGGGUACAAAAACCAUAUUGCUCGCAGCGCCGAUCCAGACCGGAAACCCGUGGACUUGGAGAUUAAUGUUCUUACCAGUACCAUGUGGCCGAUGGAUAUCAUGGCAAACACCAAAGAAGGUGUUGUGCAGCUGCCGUGUAUCUUCCCGCGGGAAAUUGAAGGCCUAAAGCAAAGCUUCGAGAAAUUUUACCUUGAUAAGCACAGCGGGCGAAAGUUGUCCUGGCAAGCCGGUAUGGGGACUGCAGACAUCCGGAUGACUUUCAAGCGAAGCAAUGGCAAAGUUCAAAGGCAUGAGCUGAAUGUUUCCACAUACAUGAUGGUCAUUCUUCUCCUAUUUAACGACCUUCCAGAUGACGAAUCCCUCUCCUUUGAGGAAAUUGAAGAGCGAACGCGCAUUCCCAAGCAUGAUCUUAUUCGAAAUCUGCAGUCAUUGUCUCUUAUUUCGAAGACGCGGAUCUUAAGAAAGGCCCCAAUGAGCAAAGAGGUCAAACCGACGGACCGCUUCUCAUUCAAUCACGAGUUCCAAAGUUCUUUUGUCAAAGUUCGCAUCGGUGUUGUUGCCGGCGCAAAGGUCGAAGACCAAGAGCAGCGAAAAGACACCGAAAAGAAACAGGCCGAGGAGCGUGGUGGUAGCAUCGAGGCUGCCAUCGUUCGAAUCAUGAAACAACGAAAGAAGCUCACACACUCGCAAUUAAUGACCGAAACCCUUACCCAGCUUUCCACCCGGUUCGUUCCCGACGUGGCCAUGGUUAAGAAGCGCAUCGAAAGUCUGAUCGAUCGCGAAUAUAUGGAACGUUUGUCUGAGGAGCCACCCACCUAUGGCUAUGUUGCUUAA